CGGCGGAGCCGCACCGAGCGCCGGGCCGAGCAGGGCCGUGCCGGGCCGGGUCCCUCCUAGAGCCGUGUUCGGCCGUACGGAUCCGUCGCUUUGAGCCAUGCACCUGCGCGGGUGGAAGCGCGCUGCCCCGGGGACACGCUGAGCUGCGCCGGGAGUGGAGCCCGCCGCCAGGUGGAAUGGGGCAGCCAUGAACGGCGAUGCCCUGUGCCAGGAGCCCUCCUCCCCGCUCCCUGACUGGCGUGAGUUCUGCGAGCUGCACGCCCAGGCGGCCGCCGUCGACUUCGCCCAGAAGUUCUGCCAGUUCCUGAAGGAGAACCCGCACUACGACACGCCGGGCGCCGAGGCUUCCUUCUCCCAUCACUUCGCCGCCAACUUCUUGGAUAUCUUCAGCGUGGAGGUCAGCCGGGUGUUCGUCUCCGACUCGCCCACCAAGUACAACAUCGUGCCCUUCGUGGGGCUGCAGAACUGCCACGUGCCCUACGGGCGGGAGGUGGCCCAGCGGAAGGAGGAGACGUCCACCGAGUCCUUGGACAGCAUGGAGGCCCCGCUGGGUGCCGGCCGCUAUCUCAGCCCGGUGCAGCAGGCGCAGGCCCGCAAAGUGUCCUCCUAUGGCCAGUCCCGCAGCUCGGAGGAUGUCUCCGUGCACGCCUCCGCCAAGCCCAAGUUCAAAAAGGGCUUCUCCUUGAGGAACAUGAGCUUGUGUGUGGUGGACGGCAUGAAGGAGAUGUGGCACCGAAGGUCUUCUCCCGAGCCGGGCGCCGAGGCGGCUCCAGGCACCAGGAGGACCGAGAGGGAGCCAUGGGGCAAGGAGCCCGGUGACCCCCGGGAGAAGUGGACCCACAAGCUGCGUCUGUCCAAGGCACAGUCCUCCAAGGUGGAGCUGGUGGACAUCCAGAGGGAGGGCACGCUGCGCUACAUGGUGGCCGAUGACACGAACUGUGUGGGGAGCUCACAGUGGCAGAAGUGCCGCCUCCUGCUGCGCAAGGCCGUGAAGGUGGAAGGGGAGAGAUUCCUGCUCGAGUUCUACGUCCCUCCCAAGGCUUCCAAGCCCAAGGUGAGCAUCCCACUGUCAGCCAUCAUCGAGGUGCGGACCACCAUGCCUUUGGAGAUGCCUGACAAGGACAACACCUUUGUGCUGAAGGUGGAGAACGGUGCCGAAUACAUCCUGGAGACCAUUGACUCCCUGCAGAAACACUCGUGGGUGGCAGAUAUCCAGGACUGCAUUGACCCUGGGGAUAGCGGGGAUGACAUCGAGUUGGCAUCCUGUGCUCAGGGAGCCUGCCUGCCGGGCCGGGCGUCCUCCUGCAGCUGCGAGUUCCUGGCUGAUGAUGCGCACAGGCUGCCGGAUAGAUGUGCCCUGCCCGGUGCUCACAGUGCCACCACCACUGCUAUGCCCACACCCCAUGGCCGGGGCAGGGACUCCGUGGGGGAACUGCUGGCCCACGUCCCACUGGAGAGCUUCUUGCAGACACUGGAGUCUGCACCCACAGCCAGCACGCACCUUGCAGGUAGGUUUGCUUGGGGGAAUGUGGCAUGUGGCCACAUUGCCUCGUCGUUGGGGCUGGGAGAGGGCAGUGCCUACAUGCUCCCUAAAACCCAGUGGUGCUUGCGGCCAGGAGAGGACAGCGAAGUGGACACAGAGAUCAACCUCUCUGACUUCCCCUGGUUCCAUGGGACACUGUCACGGAUCAAGGCGGCUCAGCUGGUGCUGUUCGGCGGUGCCCGGAGCCACGGCCUGUUCGUCAUCCGGCAGAGUGAGACACGGCCAGGGGAGUACGUGCUGACCUUCAACUUCCAGGGGAAAGCCAAGCACCUCCGGCUGUCGCUGAACGAGAGCGGGCAGUGCCACGUGCAGCACCUCUGGUUCCAGAGCAUCUUCGACAUGCUGCGGCACUUCCACACACACCCCAUCCCGCUGGAGUCAGGCGGCGCUGCGGACAUCACGCUUCGGAGCUACGUGGUGGCCCAGAGCCUGCAGCCCGACACUGGCCCUCCGCCAGCCCUCGUGCCACAGCCGCCGCUCUGCCGCACCGACCCACCACCCCCACACUACUUCUGCAGCACGGCGCCCGCUGCCCCGCCAGUCCCACCACCCACUGAGGGGGUGGCUGUGCCCCCCGCCGUCCCCACGCCCUACCACCGCCUGGAGGGAGCCCUGGGCCCCCGCAGCCGCAGCGACAGCGCUGAGCGCCGGCCGGAGCCUGCUGCCACCGGCACUGAGGACUAUCACGAUGCUGACGGCGCCCGCAGUCGGACCCGGGCAGUGGAGAACCAAUACUCCUUCUACUGAGCCCCUUAGGGGCGGGAUGAUGGGGGGACACGGGGCAACCGUGCCCAUUGCUGCUGCACCAGCCUCACUGCCACCACCAGCACCGGGGCUAGGACAUCCUCCUUGCUCCUGUGUGAUGGCCCAGCUGGACCUGGCAGCACUGAGUGGGUGCGAGGUUGGAAGCAUCAGUGCUGUUUUGAAGCUUGCGGCACCUUCCCUUUCCCUCCUGACCAAGUGUUCUCCCAGCACUGAGGUUUGGGCAUUUUGGGAUGGGGAUGGAAGUGUCCCUGCAGAGCUGUCCUCGUAGGCACAGGUCUGUGUGCCUAUAGGCAUUGUGCCCCAUGCUCAGCACAGCUCCAUCCUUGUGCGUUUCUGGGGCACAAGUUUCCCAUGCUCUGCCAGGAGAAGGCUUUUUGUCCAAAGCUUGAUGCAUCUCAUUGGAGGAAGGUCUUUCCCUGCUUUCCUGCCCUUUCUCUUCCUUUGUCCUUUUUCUCCUUGUAGAGACUCCCUGAACGCCCCCUUUCUUCCUCUCCUUUGCUUCUGAAACCUUGAAUUGCCUACAAAGGUAUCAGCAAUCUUCUCCCUCCUUUCCACAGCACUCAUUGCCAUCAUUGAAGGCAAACUUUGGAAAACACAACACCAGCCCCACUCACAUCAGCCCUUACUUGGGGUAUCUCCAGGGGGUCAGACAGAGGCCAGGUGCAGGGCUGGAAGCAAAAUUGCCACCACAGCACACCCCAGGAGUGCAAACACUACAGACCUUCAGUAGAUGCUAUUGAAGAUUUUUAUUUUAUUUUAUUUUCUUAUAGAAAUUGAAAAACCCAGAGAGAAUGAAAGGAGUGUGGCUCCUGGUGGAACUGUGUGGCUGUGCAGGUGGAACACAGGGACUGGGUUGGGCUGACAGCAUUGGGAUUUCCCUUGCUCACGUGCCACCCUGCCCUCACCAGUGCCACGUGGCAGCACUGCUGCCUGCAGGGACCAUGUGCUGUCUCUGCCUGUUAGCAGCAUGGUGGCUUUUGAGCAGACCCCUGCAGCACAUCUCCAGCAUGAAAAGGAGCUCCCUCCUGCACUGCAGAGACCUGAGAGAGAGAGCACAGAUGCUGGGGCCAGGCUGCUUGCUGGGAUUGUGUUCUUCAUGCAGGGUAAGAGUCAAGCCACAGCCAAGCUCGAACCCCAGUGAAUUGCCUGAAGAGUUAUUCUGGUGUCUGGUUUUGGUUUGGAUCAGAUUUUUUUUGUUAGGUGCCUUCUUUCCUGAGCUAGCAAAGUGUGUCCCAACUCUGGAGUCGCUUCUCAUCCUUCCCACGGGCAGGGAUGAUCUUCUACAUCAAGAAGACAGGCUGCAAGCCUGUCUUUGAGGCUUGUAGCUUCCUCCAGAGCUGAGAGCUGCCUUCUGGGCUGCUGAGGGCUGGGAGCUCCCACUGUUGCAAACACAAGCCCUCAAUCCCUGCCCUGCCAGUGGCCACCUCCCUAUGCAAAGGCUGGGGCGGUGGGAGUGGAUAUUUCUCCUUGCUCACGUAGGGAGAAGCUGGAUGCUCUGUGUCGCUGGAUUUAACACAAACUCCCUUUACAUACACAGUGAUUGAGUGGGGACCUCCAGAUGUGGCACAGAUGUCACUGCUCUUGUUCUCCCCACAGUCCCCAGGUGGCGGUGGAUGGGAGCACUGCCUUGGAGAACUUCACAUGUUGGCUGAUUUGUCAUCAUCUGCGUCACGGGAUAGGAGAGGGGUGGGGGGAGCAGCGAUCUGCAAACAAACAUGUUCAUUUGUAAAUAGGGAAGAGUCUGGAAGAGUU